UAAGUUUUUAGUGAUUUUCGCCUAGGGAUAGGGUGAAACCUGUCAUCAUUUACUUGUCAUCGCUGUAAUGGAUGAAUCGACGUGUCCGAAAUGAAAUUAAAUUAACCAAUUUGUAAAUAACAUCGCUCUUAUUUAAUUAAUGUACAGAUAGGUGACCCCACCAUGGAGGAGGAAUUACUGAACCCCGGUUCGAAGAAAAGUGCUGUUUCGCAAGCGUGGACUCGCCUCGGACAGAUUUACCAAAGUACGUUGGAUAGAUGGACGCCGCACACGCGAUUUCGGUGGUUGGGAACACUGGCGCUUCUGUUGGGUUUCGGGCUUCGUGUUGUCACGAAACAGGGCUGGUAUAUCGUAACGUACGCCUUGGGCAUAUACCACUUAAAUCUCUUCAUUGCAUUUUUGACACCUAAGAUCGAUCCAGCGAUGGAUUUUGAUGCUGAGGAAAAUGGUCCCGAAUUGCCGACGCGGGCGAACGAGGAGUUUCGGCCGUUUAUCCGAAGAUUACCGGAAUUUAAAUUCUGGUAUUCUGUCACGAAGAGUACUCUUGUAGGUCUUGUUUGUACGUUCUUUGAGUUUUGUAAUAUACCAGUAUUCUGGCCGAUUUUAGUGAUGUAUUUCAUUACUCUGUUCUGUAUCACGAUGAAGAGACAGAUUAAGCACAUGAUUAAAUAUCGAUAUUUGCCUUUUACACACGGAAAACCAAAGUAUCAAGGACACGAAGAACCAUCAGGAAAAGUAAUCAUUUCACCGAAAUGACGUGAAUACAUUUAUAGACACUGUAAAUGAACGAAAUACAGUUGCGUAAUUUAAUGACGGUGUUAUUUUUUCAGUAUUUUCAUCAAGUGUCAUUUUUUAUAAUAAAUUGUGUUGGUCAGGUGGAUUAUUUAUCUGGUUCAGUUUCGUUGAAAUGUAAAAUUUGUACAUACGUUUGUUUUUAUCGUACAAUAAAUCACAUUUAACACAA